UAACUUUUUUAUCGAUGUAAGAUAUACAUUUACAAGUAUUUGAAGUUGUCAGUCGUGUUCUAACCAUACCUGACAGUUCCACAUUGGGUUACGCCAAAAGAUGGCUGCUCCCAUUACGCGUUUUUCUUGGAACGUUUUGAAAAAAAGUCAGUUACAGUAUAAACAAUUAUUAACACUUUCGUACGCGACUCAAUCUGGGAAAUACAAGCACUCGUCUUCACAGGAGAAGAGAUUUCAAAUUUUGGAUAAUACUGUUAGAAAUGUUUUACUCUGUACCGUAUUCUUUACCGGUUGUGGUUAUAUUUUGUACAAAUGGCAAACGGAUUAUCCAAACCGAUUUAGCAAUUGGAUGAGAUCCAUAUUUACGAUACACGCAAAAUCGCUUAACUUUGAUGGUAACAAUAAUCGUAUGAAGUAUAAUUUCAUAGCUGAUGUAGUAGAGACUACAGCUCCUUCAGUAGUACACAUUGAAAUUCAGAAUAAUAAAACGUAUGAUUUUAUCACAGGGUUACCAUCGAGAAUAGCAUCUGGAUCUGGUUUCAUUGUUAGAUCCGAUGGCUUAAUAUUAACAAAUGCUCAUGUUGUAACUAAUAAACCUAAUACAACAGUUAAGGUUCGGCUUCAUGAUGGAACUACAUAUGUUGGCACAGUGGAGGAUAUGGAUAUGCACUGUGACCUUGCAAGUGUACGAAUUAAACAGACUAAUCUACCAGUAAUGAAACUUGGUAGUUCACAAGAUCUUAGACCAGGGGAAUUUGUAGUUGCUAUUGGAUCUCCAUUAACUUUAACCAAUACAAUAACUAGUGGAGUAAUAAGUAGCGUGAACAGAGAUAGUAAAGAACUAGGUCUUUAUCACAAACAGUUAGGUUAUAUUCAAACAGAUGCUACAGUAACUGAUGGUAGUUCAGGUGGUCCAUUAGUUAAUUUGAAUGGUGAGGCAAUUGGUGUCAAUGUAAUGAAAGUGACAUCUGGUAUCUCUUUUGCAAUACCUAUAGAUUAUGCUAAAGAUUUCUUAAAGAGAGCGGAAGCGCGUAGAAGCAAGUCAGGUACAAAGAACAUUGUAGAAGAACAUAAGACAAAAUACAUAGGAGUGACAUUGCUCACUCUAACACCCGAUCUCAUUUACGCAUUACAAAAGAAAUCGCGAGGAAUGCCAGACAUCAAUCACGGAGUUCUUAUUUAUAAAGUAAUCGCAGGAUCACCGGCGCACUUAGGUGGUUUACAACCCGGUGACGUCGUAACGUAUGUGAAUGAUGAACCAGUGAUGACUUCCGCCAGCAUCUACAAGGCAAUAGAAACGACUAAAAUCCUAAGAAUGACAGUUAUUAGAGGAUUCCAAGUGUUGUAUUUGAAAAUCGAGCCAGAAGAAACAUAAAUCAUGACACUACAUAAUGUUUCUAACUAAUGACAUUGAAAAUUAAAUUAAAGUAUACACACAAUA